AUGGCGCCGCACGCAGAUGGCAACACCGUCGCCGCCAAUGACAGCAUCCUCAAACCGACCGCCCCAACCUUCCAGCCAGUUGCAGCCCUAGCAGAAUCCAAGUAUCACUCGAAAUCGACUGCCGACGCGAUCGAUGCGGAACACAAAUACGCCGCACAUAAUUACCACCCUCUCCCAGUCGUCUUCGCGCGUGCCCAAGGCUCCAGUGCUUGGGAUCCCGAGGGAAAGCAUUAUAUCGACUGCCUAUCCGCUUACUCUGCCGUCAACCAGGGCCAUUGUCAUCCAGAACUUGUCAAAGCGCUUUGCGAACAGGCACAGCGUCUCACUCUCUCUUCGCGCGCGUUCCAUAACGAUGUGUUCCCAAAAUGGGCAGAGAAGGUCAAGGAUGUGUUUGGAUAUGAUAUGGUUCUGCCUAUGAACACUGGGGCCGAAGCAGUAGAGACUGCCAUCAAGGUUGCACGAAAGUGGGCGUACAAGGUGAAGAAGGUACCGGAUGGAAAGGCAUUGGUCUUUGCGGUGGAGGAGAACUUUCACGGAAGAACAAUGACUGCGAUCUCCAUGUCCACCGACCCGGAAUCGAGAGACAACUAUGGCCCAUACGUACCAAAUGUCGGUCCAACGUGCCCCGCGACUGGCAAGUCGAUCAGAUACAACAACGUGUCGGAUGUUGAGGCAGCAUUCGAGGCGCAUGGAAAGGAGACUGCUGCUAUCAUUAUUGAGCCCAUCCAGGGAGAGGCCGGUGUUGUGGUACCUGCAGAUGAUUACCUCACCAAAGUUCAAGCGCUCUGCAAGAAGCACAAUGUUCUUUUGAUCUGUGAUGAGAUUCAAACUGGUAUUGGUCGAACUGGGCGCAUGUUGUGCUCGGAGUGGGCAGGCAUCAAGCCAGAUAUGGUUACUCUAGGAAAAGCCAUUUCAGGUGGAAUGUAUCCAGUUUCAUGUGUUCUUGGAUCUAAGGAGAUCAUGCUUACCAUCGAGCCUGGUACUCACGGGUCGACAUACGGUGGCAAUCCUCUUGGAUGUGCAGUGUCCAUCCGAGCCUUGGAGAUUAUGGAAGAGGAGGGUUUGACGAACCGUGCUGAAAUUCUUGGUAACAUCUUUCGUCAAGGUCUUGCUGACUUGAAAUCGCCAAUGAUUACCACUAUUCGAGGAAAGGGGUUGCUAAAUGCGAUUGUCAUCGACGAGGCAAAGACCAAUGGUCACUCUGCGUGGGAUCUCUGCAUGUUGAUGAAGAGUAAGGGAUUGUUGGCCAAGCCCACUCACCAGAAUAUCAUUAGACUCGCACCACCUCUUGUUAUCAGCGAGGAACAGAUCAAGGAGGCAUUGAACAUUAUCAAGGAGUCCAUCAUCGAACUCCCAGAUCUUCACGGAGAAGCUGAGGCGAAAGUCAUUCCACCUGGAGAGAAGAAUGUCCAUAUCGGGCUGGACGACUAA